AUGGCGCCGAUGAUGUUAUCCCCUGACGACAGCUCAGGGUCCCCAAGCUCACCUGGGGCCUCUGCUGCUCAUACCCCACGAUCUACUACACAGACACCACGUCAGGCAGAGCCUAUCGCGAUUUGCGGAAUCGCUUGUCGUCUUCCGGGGGACUCGUCAACUCCCGCAGAGUUCUGGAAACUCCUUUCUCAAGGCCGAUCCGCUGCGUGCGCCGUGCCGAAUUCAAGGUUCAACGUUGAUGGCUUCUACCACCCUAAGGGCAUGGACCGACCCGGGAGCAUGGUGACAAAGGGGGGAUAUUUUCUUGGCGACGAUAUCCGAGAAUUCGAGAAUAGCUUCUUUGGUAUUAACAACCUCGAGGCGACGUAUAUGGAUCCUCAACAACGGAAGCUACUUGAGGUGGUUUUUGAAUGCCUCGAGAAUGCCGGUGUUCCCCUUGAAAGGGCCUCUGGAUCCAACACGGGCUGUUACGUGGGGAAUUUUACAUUUGACUACAUGGUGAUGCAGACAAAAGAAUCCGAAUACAUGAACCGGUACUCUGCAACUGGCUUAGGAACAACUAUCCUCUCAAACCGUAUUAGCCACGUUUUCAACCUGCUAGGUCCAAGCCUCGUUUUGGACACAGCCUGUUCCUCCUCCUUAUACUGCCUCCACGUUGCCUGCGCGGCACUAGAAAACUACGAGUGCGACUCUGCCAUCGUCGCCGGUGCCAACCUCAUCCAAUCCGCAGAACAACACAUCGCCACAAUGAAGGCCGGCGUCCUGUCGCCGACUUCCCAGUGCCACACAUUCGAUAUUUCCGCCGACGGCUACGGCAGGGGAGAAGGGAUAGGCGCCUUAUACGUUAAAAGGCUCAGCGACGCACUGAGGGACGGAGACCCCAUCCGCAGUGUAAUAAAGAGCUCCGCGAUCAAUGCCAACGGCAAGACGACAGGUAUCAGCCUUCCCAGUGCUGACGGCCAGGAAGCUGUGAUUCGCAAGGCGAUGGCUAAGGGCGGUGUGGAUCCCCAGGACAUCACAUACAUUGAGUGCCACGGAACGGGAACCAAGGUCGGUGAUGCCAUCGAGGUAGACGCCUUGGCUCGAGUUUUCGACCGUACAGCGCAACGUCCCCUCAUGAUCGGCUCCGUGAAGACCAACGUAGGACACUCCGAGGCGGCCAGCGGGAUUGCGGGAGUCGUGAAGGCCACACUUUCCCUUGAGAAAGGACUGAUCCCACCGACAGCCGGGCUCAAGAAUAUUAACCCAAAGUUAAAGGUCGAAGAGCGUAAUUUCUCGAUUCCUACGACUCUGACACCAUGGCCGGAAGAUUCCCAGGGGCCACGUCGUGUUGGUAUAAAUUCCUUCGGCUAUGGGGGUGCCAAUGCCCACGUUAUCUUGGAGGAGGCUCCCACUUCUAAGGCCACUUCGAUCCAUGACGAGGCACGACAGUUGUUGGUAUCCCAGUCAUCGGUGGUUCUUCCGUUGUCAGCAGCGACUGUGGCCUCUCUGGAAGCUCGUAUCGAGGACUUUUCAAAUUUCGACUUCGGUAAUAUAGACAUCUUAGACCUUGCGCACACCUUGGGAUCCCGGCGAAGCAAUCUUCCCGUGCGGGGGUUCCUUGUUGCGCCCCGCGCCCGGGAUAUAGCAGAGUCUUUCGCCUCCAGUACCCUCGUCACGAAUAACGGGCCUUUCGACGCUGGGGCGGCCGCUUUGCGGGCAUUUAUAUUCACGGGCCAAGGAUCGCAGUGGGCAGGAAUGUGUCGCGAGCUAUUCUCGGAGUUCUCCAUCUUCCGCCACGCCAUCUCGGAGAUGACGGCGGUGCUCAAGUCGAUCCCUCACGGACCAUCCUGGACGCUGCAAGACGUGAUCCUGGAUACGGCUGACCCCCAGGCUAUUAACGACCCUCGUAUCUCCCAGCCUUGCUGUACAGCUAUCCAAGUAGCUCUACUGCAACUACUCGCUUCUUGGGGAAUCUACCCUAAUGUCACUGCUGGUCAUUCGUCUGGUGAGAUCGCUGCGGCCUUUGCAGCCGGAUUUCUGUCUGCGGCAGAGUCCAUCGUCAUAGCCUAUUAUCGUGGCUACUGCGUCGCGAAGAACGGACAGGCUGGGGCGAUGAUGGCCGUCGGCCUCCCUGCAUCGGCAGCCGAGGCUGAAAUCAUGGCUUCAGGGUUGAGUGAGCAAGCACGGGUGGCUUGUGUAAAUUCAACCGAAGGCGUCACCAUGUCGGGCGAUGCGGAAGCCAUUGACAAGCUUUUGGAAUCGUUACAAAAUAAGAAGAUCUUUGCCCGCAAGCUGAAAACCGGCGGCCAGGCCUAUCACUCUCACCACAUGCUUGCGUUCGGCGACGAAUACGAGGCUCUGCUGGACCGAGUCUUGCCCACCCUCGAUCACUCCAUCCGCAUGCCUGCGGGCGAGGUAGUGAUGGUGUCUUCGGUGACUGGCGACAUCAAAGCUUCGGGCUUCACGGCGAGAUACUGGCGGCAAAACCUCGAGAGUCAGGUUCUUUUUGCCGAUGCGAUCAAGCGGAUCCACGAACUUGGCCAGUACUUCUUCAUCGAGCUAGGUCCGCACUCCUCACUUGAACUCCCUAUUAAGCAGACUCUCGCCAGCGUAGGGGUUCCCGGGUCGCAGGUGAAAUACGCAGCACCUAUCAAGAGAGGAAUAAAUGCAGUCCAGACGGCGUUAAAUGUCCCCGGUGCGCUGUGGCUUAACGGCUACCCUAUUGACUGGUCGAGGGUCAAUGGGCUUCAGGCAGGCUGGAAAUCCUCCAAGGGACCGUGGAGCGUGGUGACUGACUUGCCACGCUACCGGUUCGACUACGAUAAGACUCUAUGGAGCGAGUCUCGUCAGAGCCUGGAAUACAGGCAGCGCAAGCACCUGCGCCAUGAACUCCUAGGGUCCCUGGUGCCCGGAGGAAGUGGUAAUGACUACAUCUUCCGAAAUAUCAUCAAGCCGGACGAUGUGUGCUGGAUCGGCGACCACCGUCUCGAGGAGACCAUCGUGUUUGCUGGUGCUGGCUACUUGUGCAUGGCCAUGGAGGCUCUGAGGCAGGUCACGGACACCGACAUAUCAACUGAGCCCUCUUACCGCUUCUCUAACGUCCACAUCAUGAACGCGCUCGUCUUGAGCACAGAUCCAUCGGCCCAGGUCGAAAUUUUCACCUCGCUACAUCGAUCAGACAUUACUAACGUAAAAACCUCCUCGACCUGGUGGGAGUUUACCAUCUCUACGUACCAGGGAACCACUGCUGUUACCCAUACGAAAGGGUCCAUCUCCAUCACGCCAAGCAAGGCGCCAUUGGAAUCCAAGUACCAGGCCCCAGAGGGCGUGCUCGAAGCUACUGCCAAGCGCACAUGGUAUAAACAGUUCGUUAGAUCGGGCUUGAACUAUGGGCCUCGCUUCCAGCCCAUCUCCGAGUACCAGACGCCGCGUAUGAAAUCCUCCCCCUACGCUAGUGCUAAGACACCGCUGCAAACCACGAACGGUGAUCCCUUAUCCGUGUAUCCCAUUCAUCCCAUCACCCUCGACGCCAUGAUACAACUAUGCAUCGUGGCGACGGCCAACGGGGUGCCCAAGGACCUUCGUGCCCAGGUCCCUACCAAGUUCUCCUCUAUCACCGUGAAUUCGGUGGUUGCCGGCUCGGAAAAAGAUUGCCGGAUAAACGCAAUAGCGCACAAGACGGGCUUCGAAUCUGCCGAAGGCGCUGCGGAGGUUGUCACCCAGAACGGAGAAGUCGUGGCCCAGUUCGAGGGUCUCAGGCUAGCCGUCUAUGCUUCUGGUGCUCAGUCGUGGGAUGAGGAGAAGCGGCACCCGAUACUCCGGACACUAUGGAAGCCAGACGUGUACGGCCUGGGAUUGAUCUCGCGCGAUGCCCUCGAGCAAUACGCGCAGCGAUUCGCUGACGAGGCCAACUCGCCCGUCAAGGACGAUGGCCUGCUUAAGCUCGGCGCGGUAUUGGACCUGCUCGUCCACAAGAGCCCGAGGUGUCGAAUCCUCGAGCUAGGGAAUAGCGCGCAUGAGUUUACCCUGGCAGUAUUAGAUCUGUUUUCUUCCAAGGAUGAUUUCAGGAAGCUUGUCUCGUAUCACACUGCUGCCUUCCAGGAGAACGGCGCUUUGACCGGCGGUCCUGUCGACUUGAAGACAGGGCAGCGUGCCGAGGACCUCACGACCUUAGAGCCGGGUACUUUCGACCUUGUCAUGAUUCCCGGCCUCUCCUCGUGGACUAAGCAACAGACGGACGCCGUUAAAGAAAUUCUAGCAAAGAAUGCGGUAGUAGUCGGCCUUGCGCGGGAUACCUCAUUCGACACCAUCCCCGCAAACGGCUUCAACUGCGUAUCGUUUCCCGUAUCUCAGGGACAGGCGACGGUCUUCGUUGCCCAGCAGCCCGGUAGCCCUCCUGCUCCUCCUAAGAAUCAUCGAUAUGUGAUUGUGGAGCGCAAGAAGACGCGGCUCGGCUCCGCGUUGGCGGACAGGCUUCGACCAUUGCAAGGCUACUGGGUCUCGCGCGUGAACUUGCGAGACCUGGUGUCUGAACACAUCCCGAGUGGCAGCACCGUCUUCAAUCUCUGCGAGGUCGAGACGCCACUACUGGCCACGACCACGGACGACGAGAUGUCGGGAGUAAAAGUGAUGACGGACAAGGCCGGAACCCUAAUCUGGGUAACGGGCGGAAAUAUCCUCCACGGAGACAAGCCUGAGUUUGCGCUUGCCGCUGGCAUGUCAAGAGCUAUCACGUUAGAGCAGCCGGCGCUGAAGUUCUACACGUACGAUAUCGACCAAUCUGAGGAGAAUGUGCAGGUGACGGCCGAGCGUCUGGUACAGACCUUGUCUCAGCAAAGCAGGGUCCCGGACCGAGAGUUCGUUCAGCGGAAGGGUGUCGUUCACGUCAGUCGCUUCAUACCUGAUGACGGGCUCAACACCAAGUUUCGUGGGAAGCAAGGACUCGAAGUCCAAACCAUGUUGCUAGAAGAAGCUGAGGAUGUGCGCCUCGACAUUCAGCGUGCUGGCCAGUUCGAUACUCUCUUCUUCCGACAGACGGAACCAGCGCCUCUCAACCCUACCGAGGUGCGAUUGAAGGUGGCCUCAGUUGGGUUGAAUGCUAAGGACUUCUACGUCUUGGCCGGAAGGGUCGACACUCCGAAGGCGACUUGCCAGCUCGAGUGCGCUGGAACCAUUGUGCAGGUAGGAUCUGCCGUCACCGAAUUUGCGGCUGGAGAUCGCGUGGUUGUGAUGGCUCCGACGCACUUUCAGACAUACCAGACAGUACCGCAGUGGGCGUGCCAAAAGCUCCAAGACGACGAGAGCUUCGACGUCGCCGCCACCCUUCUACUUGUGUACGCGACCGCAAUCUAUGCCCUGCGUUACCGAGCGAACGUGCAGAAGGGCGAGUCUAUCCUAGUCCAUUCCGGAGCUGGUGGAUUGGGCAUCGCGAUUAUCCAGCUAGCCAAGUUGGCUGGUGCUAAGGUUUUCGCGACUGUAUCCACGGAGGAAAAGAAGAGUUAUCUUGUAGACAACCACGGCGUUGAUCCUUCCUGCAUUUUCAGCUCCCGAGACACAUCCUUCCUUGACGGUAUCAUGAAGGCGACGGGUGGUCGUGGCGUGGACGUUAUCGUCAACUCGCUCACCGGUGACCAACUACACGCAACCUGGCGGUGCGCAGCUCCGUUUGGCCGCUUUGUGGAGGUAGGCAAGCUGGAUCUCUCGACGGCCGGCAGACUCGACAUGGACCAGUUCUUGAAGAAUACGACCUUCACGAGCUUCGAUCUCAGCGCCCUCUACGCCGAAGGCCUCAAAGACGGUGGCGAAGCUAUGCGCACUAUCUGGGGCCAGCUGACCUCAGAGGUCAUGUCGCUUUACCGCCAGGGCAAGAUCAGCGCAUUCGAACCACUACGCGUUUUCGACGUGUCCGAAGCCGCGCAGGCAUUCCGCCACUUCUCCUCGCGCAGCCGUAUAGGCAAGAUCGCCAUCAAUCUAGAGAAGGCCGAGUCUACCAUUGCCGUGCAGCCUCUUAAGAACACAACGCGCUUGAGCGGCGACAAGUCCUACGUCAUGAUCGGCUGUCUGGGCGGCCUCGGACGGACGCUCUCGCGGUGGAUGCUACAGCGUGGCGCCCGCAAAUUCGCUUUCCUUGGGCGCACCGGAACGGACAAGCUGGCAGCGCGUAAUCUGAUCCAAGAUCUUGAAGCUCACGGGGCCGAGUGCGUCGUUGUCCGGGGCGAUGUAUGCAAUCCCAAGGACGUUGAGGCUGUGGUGGAAGCCGCUGAAGGAGAAAUUGGCGGUGUGAUCCAGGCUGCCAUGGGCCUUAAUGAGGCCAUCUUCUCAAUGAUGCCUAACAAGCAUUGGCACACGGGCAUCGACCCCAAGGUUCAAGGCACUUGGAACCUGUACAACGCGCUGCGUGCCUCUGGGCGCGACAAGAAUCUUGACUUCUUCAUCAUGACUUCUUCCGUCUCGGGUAGCGUAGGUACUGCGACCGAGUCUAACUACUGUGCGGCAAAUCACUUCCUUGACGCGUUCGCGCGACACCUACGGAGUCGACCGGAGUCUCCCGUCCCCGGCGCUUUCGCGCUGGGUUUGGGCAUGAUAUCCGAGGUGGGCUACCUGCACGACAACCCCGAGAUCGAGGCCCUUCUCCUGCGCAAGGGUAUCCAAGCUAUAGAUGCGGACGAGCUCGUACAGAUUGUCGACCUCACCUUAUCUUCCUGUUCACGACUCGCUCCCGUCACCGCGAGACGGUCGGCGCACCACGGCGAGAUGGGUAUACAUCACGCAUACGACGAAUUCGCCGCCUCACACGUGCUUACCGGGAUGGAGGCUUUCGGCCUCAAGGAGCUGCGCAAGAAGGGAUUCGACGGCACGAACUUGGCGUGGGACGACCCGCGGGCGGGGCUGCUCGCCAACGCGCUGGACGGGGACAAGGGGCUGGGGGUUCAGCAGCAGCACGAGGGCAACGACCGCGUGCCCGCCGAGGUGGUGAAGCUGAUGCAGGAGUCGCAGCCGCCCAAGUCGCUAGACGACGCGCUGCUCGACCACAUCCGGGGCCGCUUCGGCAACCUCAUCCUGAUGAAGUUCGAGGCGGUCGACACCCGCAAGCCGCUCGCGGACUACGGCAUGGACAGCAUGAUCGCCGCCGAGUUCAAGACGUGGUUCUACCAGAACAUGGCCGUCGACAUCCCGCUGCUGACGCUGCUCGACAAGACGAGCAAUCUCGAAACGCUGCGCGGCCUCGCGCUCGCGAAGCUGCAGAGCACCGACGACGAAUGA